AUGUCAGUGGUAGGAUCUCUUAUAUUUUGCACAGACUGUGGUAACUUGUUGGACAAACUCGGGGCCAAGGAUACUAUAGAUUGCCGGAUUUGCUCCAAAUCGUAUCCUGCCUCCAAGUUUGCUAACUUAAAAGUGGUAACCACGUCUGCAGAAGAUGCUUUUCCAUCAACCUUAAAGAUGAAUCGAUCAUCUGUUAAAACCACGUUGAAAAAUGAUGAUUUGGGUGAAGGGGCCACCAUCAAAGAGAAGUGUCCAAAGUGUGGACACGACGAAAUGCAAUACCACACUUUACAAUUAAGAUCUGCUGAUGAAGGUGCUACUGUGUUUUACACUUGUACCAGCUGUGGAUACAAAUUCAGAACCAACAAUUAA